UAUAAGCUGGCGUCUACAGCCUUGGGGUCUCCUCCGCUUUAUCCUCACUUGGUAUCAGCCCUGCAAUUCGCACUUUCUCUCUUUCACUAAGCUUUUUAUAGCCUUUUUUACGCAGCCAGUCAUUUUUGUGAUCAUUUCCUCGCGCAUUUAGUACUUCCCAAUACCCCUUUGAGAUAUUUUCCCUCACAUCGAGGAAGGCUCAUUUGUUUAUUUGUAACCCUAUCAUCGUCAUCGCCAUGAUACGCAGCACUACGUCCGCAGUGACUACAAGAAAGUCCCACAGACCCUAUAGGCAAUACCCACUUCCACGGCCCGAGAACUUCAUUUCCAUUCUCUACAACAUCCUCGAGCACCACAACUACUGGUGUCUUCACUGGAAUGAAGAUGGGACUCAAAUUAUCGUCGAGCACCCAGAGUCGGUCGCACGCGAAGUCCUGCCGCACCACUUUGGGACCCGAAAGUACCAGUCCUUCACACGUCAAUUCCACCUCUACCGCUUCCGCCGCAUUGCCGACAGCCGCCGCGACAAGAAAUAUAAGGGCUACUGUCGCUUCUUCCAUCCGGACUUUCUGCGCGACCAUCCUCAUCUGAUCAGCGGUAUCACCCGUGUCAAGGUCUCGAAGGCCUCGGCUGCCGCCCGCAAGGAGAAGCGUGAGAAGGCCGCAAAGGCCAAGGCCGAAGCGAAAGCUCCUGUUAGGAUUACUAAAGGGGCCGAAAUCAAGAUUUGGCGGCUGAACCCAGCAUCCCCCAAUACUUCGCCGUCCAACGAUGGGACAAUAUCGCCGUCAGCACUGACGAUGUCAGGCGAUGACAUGAGCACACCGGAUAUUGAGCGGACAGCACCAGAGUUCAACACACCCGAGGCCAAGGAUGCUAUUGGGUCGCUCCAAAUCCUCGAGGAUGUUGUCGACGAACUGAGUCUUAGAGGUAAGUCAUCACGAAACCACAGCCUUCAUUCUGCGCCCUUAUUCAGUGCUCAUAGCUGGCCCCCUGCCCCCUCCAAAACCCCUUCUUUCAUCUGCAAGAUAAAUUUGUCGGUCAGAGCCCGGCUUUUUCAUAAGGAGCUGCAUCGCAUCCCAGCCAAAAAACGGCCAUGCUAUCUGCAAAGAAAGUUUGCAUCCAGCCUGCCGGAUGAUGUCUCAUAAUCACCACCAACAGUCAUUUCAAUUGCAGCAUGCCGUUGGCUGCUGCUCUGGCGGCCAAUUUGCUUAUUGUCAUUAUUGCGUUAUUAUGCUAUUGAUGGCUGAACAUAUACAGCGACAUGUUCCAAUGGAGCUGGCUAUUGCAUCUUAUUG